AUAUAAGGAAAUGGGAAGAUAAUGAUUCCUACCCAUGUCCAUUUCCAACGUAGAAGAAAUUAUAUUUGUCUUGUUUUCAUUUUUCAUAUUUUCUCCCCCUUUAGGGAAGUGCAGGCUUUGGCUAUCCUGGCUCUAAAGGACAGAAAGGUGAGCCUGGUACUCCAGGGCUUCCAGGUCCACUUGGGCCCCCAGGACCUCCCGGAACCAUUAUGAGGCACUCUGAUGGCUCUACUGUUGAGCAACCAGGAGCCAUAGGCCCACCAGGACUUCCAGGAAAAGAUGGUCAACCUGGAAAGGAUGGAGAGCCUGGGGAUCCUGGUGAAGAUGGCAAACCAGGUGAUGUUGGUCCCCAAGGUUUCCCUGGGACUCCGGGUGAGCCUGGCCUGAAAGGCGAAAAGGGAGAACCAAGUGUUGGUGCUAGAGGUCCUCCUGGCCCCCCAGGCCCACCUGGGAAACCUGGAUUGAGUUCCAGAGUGGAUAAAUUGACAUUUAUUGAUAUGGAGGGCUCUGGUUUUGGAAGUGACUUGGAGUCUUCACGAGGUCCCAGAGGGCCACCUGGGCCUCCAGGCCCUCCUGGUGUACCUGGUUUACCAGGACAACCUGGAAGAUUUGGGACAAAUGGCACUGACUUUCCAGGCCUCCCAGGCCUCCCUGGAGUUCCAGGGAGAAAUGGCAACUCAGGAAUCCCAGGACCUCCGGGCCCACUUGGGCCUCCAGGAAAAGAUGGCAUCCCUGGUCAAACUGGAGAAAAAGGAGCACCGGGUGAAUCAGGUGAAAUGGGCUUUACAGGAGCACCUGGACCAAAGGGUAACCAAGGAGUGCCAGGAGUGCCAGGAAUACCAGGUGAACCUGGUCUCGCAGGCCUUCCUGGGCCAAUGGGACCCCGCGGAUUGCCUGGGCCCCCUGGGCCGGGCAUUGCAGCAGAAUUUGUCGACAUGGAGGGCUCAGGAUUUCCAUUAGUCUCUGGUGGUCCUGGAACUCGUGGGCCAGAAGGUCCUCCGGGGCUUCCAGGACUUCCAGGACUCCCAGGGCCUCCAGGACCCAAGGGAGAUGAGGGCAUCAUUGGUCUCCCAGGGUUGCCAGGUGAAAAGGGAGAUCCUGGCUUGCCGGGAUUAGACGGUCGCCCUGGAUUAGAAGGUUUCCCAGGACCACAAGGACAAAAGGGUGAAGAAGGAAGCCCAGGGUCUAAAGGUGAAAAGGGUCAAGAUGGAAUAGGACUUCCUGGCCCACCUGGCCCUCCAGGACAAGCUGUGUACCUGUCUAGUGAGGAUAAAACUGUGCCUGUUUUGCCAGGCCCAGAGGGACCCAGGGGACCAAAAGGUGACUCGGGAACUCCAGGCUAUCCUGGACUGAAGGGUGAAAAAGGAGAGCCAGGAGUUAUAACUAGGUUUGAUGGAACAAUCCUUGCAUCUGAAGCAAAAGGAGAAAAGGGUGAACCAGGCCCAAGCGGACUCAUGGGACCAGCAGGGCCACCUGGGCGAUAUGGACGGAAGGGAGAACUUGGCUUUCCUGGAAGACCU